CUGCAUCUGAUGAGGCAACACUGAGAGAGAUGCCUCAUUCCGGACAAAUGCAGAGGAGCUACUGAAGAACCAUGUUGGGUUCUCACACAAAGACUAUGCAUUUCUUCCUUAUUUUGUUGUUCUGGCAAGGAGCCAACACAGUCUCCAUCAACUCCUCGCUGACUGAGGAUGUACACAAAGCUGUAAUAUCUGGUCAAAGUGAAGUCAUUGAAAAGAUUGAGAUCCUGGAACCCCAAACAAAAGUGUUUUCAUGUGAAACAACCAACGUACCAAACAAACCCCCAAACAUUUCCGGCUACUGGAAAAAGAAUGGUGCUGCAAUUGAAAGCUCACAACAAGCUGUCAACAAUACUGAUGGAAAGUACAUCUUUAGUGGCACAUUUAAUAUGGAAGACUUAGGAAAUUAUUCAUGUGUCUUCAGUUUUUCGGAAAAUGUACGUCAAGCUACAUUUGUUUUGAAUGUUCCUGCUAUUAAAGGAGCAGACAAGCCCAUUGUGAGCUAUAUUGGGGAUUCAGUUGUACUGAAGUGCGAGAUCAAAUAUGGACCAAAAACCUGGGAAUGGUUCAAAGUCAACGGUACUGAAAAGGAAUUCAUAAACGCUACUGUUGACACAUCAAAGUACAAACUCUGCAUCGAGACAAACGUCACCAAGCUGACUGUGAUGAACCUGACUAAAGAAGACGCCGGUAAAUAUCUCUGCAGCGCAGUGUACGACAUCGGCCCGAGCCAAGGCCAUGUGGAGCUGAAGGUCCUGUCCUUCACAGAGCCUCUUAAACCUUUCCUCGCUAUAGCAGCUGAAGUGGUUGUUCUCGUCACACUCAUUCUUCUGUAUGAGAGACAGAGCCGCAGCCGCAAGCAGGAUUCCGAAACAACAGAGAAUGGGCCGCAGUCUGAACAGACAAGUAAACUGACGCAGGAUGAGAGCAAUGGCACAGAUGGAGGAAGCAGCACCAGACACAGGAGAGUGGAACAGUGAGAGCCCUGCUGACUAGUUCAGUAAACUUGCUGUGAUUGGAAUGACAUCGAAGCCUCUUAUUCGGUGCUGAAGUCAGAAAAGUGAUUCUCAGUAAAUAUUUUGAAAAAUACCAUAACACAGCAUGUUUGCUCAAAUCUCAUAAAUAACAGCAAUAUUAUUAUGAUAUAUAUUGUGUAAAAUGUGAAUGUGUGUACAUAUGCACACAUAAGUACAAAUGUGUUUGUAAAACUUAUCGCGAACAGAAAGAAACCUUGUAUGUCCAUUUGCACUGUUUUGCACUAUUCUGGACCAAUGCAAAUGCUUUAAAAAGACUAUAAUGAAUAAAAGCAUAUUAAAUUGACUUCCACUGAAAGUUAAGCAGGAUGUCCGCCUCCUGUAAAGUUGCCAUUUUGGAGAUACAAGAUUAUUAUGUGAUGGCGAUUACAUAAAUAUUAUUUUGUAUUUGUGUUCCUAUAUAUAGUCUUAUGCAAAAUGUAAACAGAUUUUACUAUUUCUACUUAAUCACUGAAAUAACUACUACAUAAUACAUUUUAAUUGUGUAUUAAAAUCGGCUGAACUCUAGGUUAGAGUUAAUGUUCUGUGUACUUAUUUUCAUUUACAGUAUCAAAAAAUACAAAUAUUUGCAUAAGACUUCAUAUACAGCUUUGGAAAAAAAUAAGAGACCACUUAAAAUGAUUACUUUUUUAUUUUACAAAAUUGAAAACCUCUGGAAUAUAAUCAAGAGGAAGAUGGAUGAUCACAAGCCAUCAAACCAAGUUGAACUGCUUGAAUUUUUACACCAGGAGUUGCAUAAACUUAUCCAAAAGCAGUGUGUAAGACUGGUGGAGGAGAACAUGCCAAGAGGCAUGAAAAAUGUGAUUAAAAACCAGGGUUAUUCCACUAAAUUCUGACUCUUAACUUUUAAAGAUUUAUGAAUAUUAUAUUAUUUGUUUGGAAUUUAUGAGAAAUGUUGUCUGUAGUUUUUUAGAAUAAAACAACCAUGUUCAUUUUACUCAAACAUAAACCUAUAAACAGCAAAAUCAGAUAAACUGAUUCAGAAACCGAAGUUAUCUAUUUUAUUUUUUCCAGAGCUGUAUAUGUAUACACCAGUCAUACUUUUAUGACAAAUUCCUUGAUUCUACACCUAUUAUUCAUUUUUUUCAGCUCCACUGAUCAUAUAGGAGCACUUUUUAAUUCUAUAAUUAAAGACUAUAGUCCUUCUGUUUCUCUGAAUACUUCUAUAAGCUCACUGGAGCUUAAAAAAUGGACAAGGAGUGUAGAAACAAGGAGGUGGUGAUAAUGUUAUGCUUGAAUGGUGUAUGUACUUUUGUUUGCUGUGCUUGUCUAAGGAUUGCACUAAACGUGCCAGCUGUGUUUGUGCUUUAAUUGCUGUUGCUAUCCAAAAAAACACAUUAUCAAAAUUUGUAUAGUUAUUUUUCUACAUAAUUUAAACACAGAACUGCUAUUUACAUAAUCAAAACUUUAUGCUGAAUGGACCAAAAGAAACACUCCAAGUGACUAUUUUACUUUUUACUGUUUUGUUUUUGGACUGUGAUGUCAUACAGAAUAAAGAUGGCCUGCAGAUUCAGAAAUAAUAUAUAUCUAAAGGUUUAAAGAU